UUUUUGGAAAGUGUAAUGCAACAGUUCCCCGGGGAAGGGGGGGCGGGGGGGGGGCGGAAAUAGCCAGUGUUGACAGUACAAAGUUCACCGGAGGGGUAACAGCGCUGGCGUAAAAGAAGACGGGAACCAGCCGGCAGCACUUUGGAGCCCCACACUACAGGCGACAGGUCUUCUCCAGUCCCUUCCCAGACUCUGCGCCACAAUGUCGAAAGAGUAUCAGGACAUGGCCACAGUGGACGUUGAGGAGGAAAGCGAAACGUACAUCCGAGCCGCCCCCACAACGUUACCUCUGAGCCGGUCGUGGACCCAGCAGCUCUGCCCCAGGCGCAGUCUGGCUCUCAUCCUGCUGGGACUCAGCUUCAUGCUCACCAUCACAGCCAUUGUGUUCAAUGCUAACGGUAGCGCACGGGGCUCUCAGCUGCUGGGGAUCCAGGAGACGUUCCAGAAUGUCAAUCACAGCCUCACCGUGGAGAUGGCCACCUUUCAAAACAGGGAAAAAGGCACGGUGGCGAAAACAACACAGCUCGAGGGGUCCGUGAAAAAGAUGGCCGAGGAGACAGAGGCAGGCAGGAAGAGGCUCCUGGCCCAGGUGACGGGCGUGAAGGGCAACGUCAGAACCAUCCACUGCGAGGUGGAAGAUUUCCAGCAGCAGCGCACAGGGGCCCAGGUCUGCUGCCCCCCAGGCUGGGCUUCCUUCCGGACCAACUGUUACUGGGAUUCCAGAGCAGGGAAGUCAUGGGACGAGGCCAAGAAGGACUGUGAAGAUAAAGAUUCUCACCUGGUGAUCAUCAACUCCUAUGAGGAGCAACUGUUCGUGGCACAGCGUGUGAGGCCGUGGUUCACUUGGAUUGGCCUGACUGAUGCCAGCGGCAGCUGGAAGUGGGUCGACGGGACGCCGUACACCAUCCGCACCGAGGACUGGCGUGAAGAUCAGCCCGACAACUGGUACGGCCACGGACUCGGCGGAGGGGAAGAUUGCGCCCACUUCCACGACGACGGGCGCUGGAACGAUGACCACUGCUCCCGCACGUAUGGCUGGGUUUGUGAGAUGGAGGCAGACAGCAUGGCGUAAGGAGAGCCCUGCUGGAUCUGACCGGUGGGGAUCCAUUGGUCUCACGCAGCGGCCAGCCGGGUGCUCUGGAGGGCCAACGUCUGGGCCGAGAGGCCUAGGACUUUCCACCCGUUCCCCCCAAAACAGGGGCUCCAGCCCUGACGCAUUACGCUCACCUGUUUCCCCUUCCCUGAUGAAAGGGAAGUUUUGCUGUCCUGCACCCCAAGAGAAUCCUGAUGGCCAAACCCUUUAAGAACAUAAGAGAAGCCAUGUUGGAUCAGGACAAUAGCCCAUCCAGCCCAACACUCUGUGUCACACAGUGGCCAAUAUAUGUGUGCGUGGCUAAUAGCCACUGAUGGACCUCUGCUCCAUAUUUUUAUCCAAUCCCCUCUUAAAGCUGGCUAUGCUUGUAGCCGCUGCCACCUCCUGUGGCAAUAAAUUCCACAUGUUAAGCACCCUUUGGGUGAAGAAGGACUUCCUUUUAUCCAUUUUAACCUGACUUCUCAGCAAUUUCAUUGAAUGCCCAUGAGUUCCUGUAUUGUGAGAAACGGAGAAAAGGACUUCUUUCUCUACUUAAUCCAUCCCUUGCAUAAUCUUAUAAACCUCUCUCAUGUCACCCCACAGUUGACGUUUCUCCAAGCUAAAGAGCCUCAAGCGUUUCAACCUUUCUUCAUAGGGAAAGUGUUCCAACCCUUUAAUCAUUCUAGUUGCCCUUUUCUGGACUUUUUCCAAUGCUAUAAUAUCCUUUUUGAGGUGCAGUGACCAGAAUUGCACACAGUACUCCAAAUGAGACUGCACCAUCGAUUUCUACAGGGGCAUUAUGAUACUGGCUGAUUUGUUUUCAAUUCCCUUCCUAAUAAUUCCCAGCAUGGCGUUGGCCUUUUUUAUCGCAGUCACACACUGUCUUGACAUUUUCAGUGAGUUCUCUACCACGACCCCAAGAUCUCUCUCUUGGUCAGUCUCUGCCAGUUCACACCCCAUCAACUUGUAUUUGUAGCUGGGAUUCUUGGCCCCAAUGUGCCUUACUUUGCACUUGGCCACGUUGAACCUUAUCUUUGAUGCAUUCCAGGAAGAGGCGGUUAUGCGCUGCCUCUCCCAGCAGAGACCUCCUUCCCCUUCCCCAAAUCAGGGGGUCGCUUUGUAGGGAAAAAAGGAGGUCCUGGAGCUCAUUAGCACAACUCAUUUGCAUAACUCAUUUGCAUCUGCUACACCCCGCUGACAUCACCGGAAGGUGGACUAAAUUAUAUCCGCUCAGCGUCUACCUUCAAAUGCUUCUUGAAUUAUGAUUGUCCUAAUAAAACCUUACUCUCACCACA